AUGGGUGAUACCAACGUUGCAGACGGUCAGAACGGCCAGCAGAAUGGCAGGAAGAAGAUCAUCCUGAACGCGUUCGAUAUGUCCACGGUGGGACAUUUGUCCCCUGGGCAGUGGAAGAAUCCAACCGACAAGUCCGCCACGAAGCGGAAGCUGGCCUACUGGGUGGAGCUCGCGAAGCUUCUGGAGCGAGGCGGUAUCAACGCCUUGUUCCUGGCUGAUACCUACGGCGGAUAUGAUACCUAUGAAGGGAAGCUGGACGAAUGUAUUCGGCGCGCGGCUCAGUGGCCCGUCACAGACCCGACAAUUCCCAUCUCGGCAAUGGCAGCCGUGACCAAGAACCUCGCCUUCGCAAUCACGGCUUCAACGUCUUUCGAGCCUCCUUUCCUUCUCGCAAAGCGCUUUUCAACUCUGGAUCAUAUGACGGACGGCCGGUUUGGGUGGAACAUUGUCACUUCAUGGAAGAAGGCCGCCUUCAAAGCUAUUGGCCUAGAUUCCCCAAUUGAGCACGAUGAGCGGUACCGGCAAGCAGACGAAUAUCUGCGCGUGCUGUAUAAGCUCUGGGAGGGUUCAUGGGCUCCGGAUGCUGUCUCCCCCAACCCCGAAACAGACUCGUAUGCUGACCCUGACAAGAUCCGUCAAAUUAACCACAAGGGCAAGUACUUCUCCGUCAACUCACGCCACAUUGUCGAUCCAUCGCCGCAGCGCACACCCUUCCUCUUCCAGGCGGGCACAUCGGCAGCAGGAUCGAGCUUCGCAGCAGCUCAUGCAGAGGGUAUUUUCGUGUCCGCUCAUUCGCCAUCUGUUCUUGCUCCCAAGAUUGCUGCUAUUCGCAAGCAAGCUGCAGAGCUCGGCCGUGACCCGCAAUCCAUCAAGUUCUUUUCAACCUUUACUCCUAUCCUUGGACGUACCGACGAGGAAGCGCAGGUAAAAUAUGAAGAGCUGAAGAAGUAUGCCUCGGUCAUCGGAGGACUUGUCCUGUUCAGCGGAUGGACAGGCAUUGAUAUUUCCCGCCUGCCCCUGGACCAGGAUAUCACAGCAGCCGACUCCCUGGAGGCCCACAAGGUUACUAGUACUCUCCACAGCUUCACCACCACAAGCCAGGACGUCCCACGGUGGACUCCCCGUGUAGUUGCGGAGAAAGCUGCCAUUGGCGGCUUAGGGCCUGUUGCCAUUGGAACGCCUGAAAAGGUUGCAGAUGAGUUGGAGCGUUGGGUCCGGGAGGCCGACCUCGACGGUUUCAACAUUGCGUAUGUCACCACGCCAGGAACAUUCGAGGAUGUUGUUGAUCUCUUGGUUCCCGAGCUUCGUCGACGAGGCAUUUACUCUGAAGCGCCGCAGGAGGGGCUGACGGCGCGCGAGAAGGUUUAUGGCGUAGGUCAGGCAGGGUUGAGGUCCGAUCAUACAGGCAGUCAGUACAAGUAUGACGUGUACCAGGAGGAGGCGCCCUAUGAGGGCGACUGA